CCGCUUAAUCAUUCGUCGCUUUGUCGGCGCGGACACCGGACAGGUCUCCCCGAGCGCAGGGGUCCUGCCCGGCCCGCACUUCCAGGAACCAACCGCGCUGUGCCAGUGAGACGAGGGAGCGCGAACCAAUCAGCUGGACGCGCGCGGCACGGCGGGGCCCACAGAGCUGGGCGCGGUGAGCGAGGGGCGCGGCGGCCACUCUGUGUCCCGGCUCCCAAGCCCGCUGAGCUCUGUCCUCGGUGACCACCCCCGCCGGACUCGGGCGUCCUCCCCCAGCCCACCCCAGCGAGGCGGCCGCGAAGUCGGAGUAACUCCUGACUUGCCCACCGCUGCUUCUCUCAGUCCGGCCUCGGGAAGUUUGCCGCGGAAACGAAAGUAAAUAACUCGGGACACAGCUCUGAGGGGGGGAAGAGGUGUAUUUAUUUUUGAGCGUUCUGAGCAUUUUGAGGGAAAUCAAACAUGUCCUUGGAUGACAUUAAGAUGAAGUCCAGUGACGUCCUGGAGAAGGAGGAUCUAGACAGCGGUGGUUUCGGAAAGGUGUCUUUGUGUUUACACAGAUCGCAUGGAUUCGUAAUCCUGAAAAAGGUGUACACGGGGCCCAAACGCACUGAGUACAAUGAGUCCCUCCUUGAAGAGGGCAAGAUGAUGCACAGGCUGAGUCAUCAGCGGGUGGUGAAGCUCCUAGGCAUCAUCAUAGAAGAGGGAAACUACUCUCUGGUGAUGGAGUACAUGGAAAAGGGCAACCUGAUGCACGUGCUGAAAGCUGAGAUCAGUAUCCCCCUUUCUGUAAAAGGAAGGAUCAUUAUGGAGACCAUCGAAGGAAUGUGCUAUUUACAUAAAGAAGGUAUAAUACACAAGGACCUAAAGCCUGAAAAUAUCCUCGUUGAUGAUGACUUUCACAUUAAGAUAGCUGAUCUUGGCGUUGCUUCCUUUAAGACGUGGAGUAAGCUGACUAAAGAGGAACAUAAUGAGCAGAGGAAAGUGAAUAGUCCUAAGAAAAAUGGUGGCACCCUCUACUACAUGGCCCCUGAGCACCUGAAUGACAUCAAUGCAAGGCCCUCAGAGAAGUCAGAUGUGUACAGCUUUGCCAUAGUACUUUGGGCAAUAUUUGCAAAUAAGGAGCCGUAUGAAAAUGCUAUCUGUGAGCAGCAGUUGAUAAUGUGCAUUAAAUCAGGGAAUAGACCAAAUGUGGAAGACAUCAUUGAAUACUGUCCUAAGGAGAUUAUCAGCAUCAUGAAGGAAUGCUGGGAGACGAAUCCAGAAGUCCGGCCAACAUUUCCUGGCAUUGAAGACAAAUUUAGGCCUUUUUAUUCAAGUCAAUUAGAAGAAUUUGUAGAAGAGGAUGUGAAAAGUUUAAAGAAAGAGUAUCCUUGCCAAAAUGAAAUGGUGAAGAGAAUGCAGUCUCUCCAGAUGGACUGUGUAGCAAUUCCUCCAAGCAGGUCAAAUUCAGCCACAGAACAGCCGGGUUCUCUACACAGUUCACAGGGACUCGGGAUGGGUCCCGUGGAGGAGUCCUGGUUUGAUCCCUCCCCAGAGCACCAGCAGGAGGAAAAUGAGCCCAGCCUGCAGAAUAAACUCCAGGAUGAGGCCAACUACCAUCUUUUUGGCAGCCGCAUGGACAGGCAGACAAAACAGCAGCCCAGACAGAAUGUGGCUUACAGUAGAGAGGAGGAAAGGAGACGACGGGUCUCCCAUGACCCUUUUGCACAGCCGAGACCUUAUGAGAAUGUUCAGAACCCAGGAAUAAAAGGCCUUGCUUCUACCAGUGCAACUACUCAUGGUAAUGCAGUACACCAACCAACUGGGCUGACCAGCCAACCCCAAGUACUAUACUGGAACAAUGCAUUAUUUGGUACACAUGGUUUUAGAACAAGACCAUUGGAUCUACAAACAGUAGGUUCCAGAGUUUGUAAUGGACCAAAUCCAAGCCAGAUGUCAAGCCUGCCUAAAACUCCAGUACCUGAGACCAACCUACCAGGAAACACACCCACCAUUCCAUUUGUCUCCUUUCCAUCAAGAGAUGAAUCUGUAAGAUGUUCCAUAUACAACAGUACCGGCGUUCAGAUUGGAGAUAAUAAUCAUAUGGAGAUUGGUAGAAUGAAUUCGUGGUCACUGGACAGCACGUACAUGAACUUGAAAGAAGAGCCAGCUUCUAAGUACCUAGAUAUCUUUGGUAAUACCACUAGUCUGACUGAUAAACACCUGGACCCAGUCAGGGACAAUCUGGGAAAGAGCUGGAAAAGUUGUGCCCGUAAACUAGGCUUCACUGAAUCUCAGAUCGAUGAAAUUGACCAUGACUAUGAGCGGGAUGGAUUAAAAGAAAAGGUUUACCAGAUGCUUCAAAAGUGGCUAAUGAGGGAAGGCAAUAAGGGGGCCACAGUGGGAAAGCUGGCCUAUUCUCUCUACCAAUGUUCAAGAAUAGACCUUGUGAACUCUUUGAUACAUAUCAGCCAGAACUAAGUCUAGAAGGGUCUUUGGCAGCAUGAAGUCAAGUCCUCACUUAGUGAGUAAUCACUGGAAGUGUGCUGCCUCAGAUCAUCCAGAAUUCUUCCUCACUGAUAUGGGUUCUGUGUCUGCAUAAAAAUCAUUUCCUGCAUUUCAUAGCUGGAGAAUGGGAAAGAAAUCUACAGCAAACAACUGACUAAACAGGAAGAUUUAUUAAUGGCCAAGCCCCAAUCAAAAAAGAAGUCUAAUUGGGUUUUGAAAGGGAAAGAAGAGAGAGUAUUUGUUCAUCCCAUAACCUUCAAUUAUGCUGUUCAUUCAGUUUCCUGGAGUUUUAUUGGAGUGGGGAAAAUAAACAAACAAAAAAACUCAGAGACUAUAAACUAAAUCAACUUUCUUAUUUUGUGCUCUCUUCCCCACAUAAGCUCCUGUUAUAACCGAAGUACAGAAGAAUUCCAAGUUCUCUUUAAAUAGUUUUUUUUUUUAUAUCACAACUACAGUUCAUUAUAGGGUCUGUUAACUUCAGUAUCAAAAUGCCAUGUCAGUCACUACGGGCUUCAAGAAUUGCAUGCAAUUUCCACUCCAUAAAUUAACUGAAGGGAUUUUAAGGAAUAGUAAGAAGGGGGAAAAAAUUGAUAACAAAAAUACCAGAAUUUCCCAGGCAGUUGUUGCAAGAAAUUGCUAUUAACUGUGACAACUACAAAAAUUCUUGAU